GCUAUGUUGAUUCUUUUGACAGGACUGUUGAAUUAUUGUUUGAAAUAUGGGUCCAUUUCCAAACAUUGUAGAAUAGAAAAUAACAACAAACUAUGUACAAUAAGGUACCAAGAAAAUUAAGGGUGGUAUAGUGGACAAUCAGGUAGUUAUAUUCACACAGCUAGUAAUAAAUCCAUUAGGAACUCACUGACAGUAAUGGAAAGCAAUGAUGCUGAACUGCAAAGAAAGAACUCAGUGUUAACUCAACAGUGGCUUGAAACACUGAAUAAUCUUCAAAAUCAGCAAAUCAAUCAAACCCAGAGUAGGUCCGCAUUUCCCAAUACAUAUGUAACUCAGCAGUCUUUAAUGAAUAGACAAAAACAUCUACUAUUAAGAGAUUCGUCUUUUCAAUCAGAUGAUAGCCAUUGCAGCAGUAUAGAAUCAGUCUUAGAACUUAGAAAGCCGGACCCAGAAGAAGUCCUGCUUGGAUUAGGUUUUGGGCCUCGAAGAAAUUCAAAUUACAUAGGAAGGAUACCGGCCAGAUUUUUACAACCAUCUAAGUUAAUUCCUCAUAUAGACAUUAACAAAUUCCUUGAGCGCUAUGGAGAGAACUAUGCAGAUUUACCCCAGUCAGCGCCUCCAUCUCCAGCCAAAUAUAGUCCAAAGUAAAAUUAGAGUUCAGAUUAUAUUAAAAAAAUUAAUCCAUUGCCAUCAUAUUGCUAUAAUCUCAACACAUUACGAAUUACCAUUGUAUUGGACAUAUCGAAUUAGUAUCUUCAACAUAUUAUACGUCCUGAACAAUUUUUUAUAGGGUUAUAGUAAAUUUGACCACUCCAGUGGGGGCUCAUAAAGGAGCACUCUGGAAACAUUUUGUCAAUCCACAAAUUUAAAAUUUGUACAUAAAAACCUGUUUCGCCUUGCUCCAAAAAUAUGCUUUCUUUAAUUUGGACUGCCUAGAAGAUAAAAUGGACUUUAUUACGCCAUCUUGAAUCUUCGAAAAGUUGAUGAACGUAGCUUGUAACUAAUUGUGUCGGUAAUUUAUUUUAGUUUAGCAGACAAGACAAUAACGAUAUCAAAACAGUUUAACAUUGUACCCUUUCAAAAAGUCAAUUUGUUUAUCAGCCAAGGUAAAAAAGUAUGGCAUGUCUUUGGCAAAUAUAUAAAUUAAAAUAGUGAUUUGUUAUUCCAAUUUUGAGGAAACUGUUAAUUUUAGGAAUGGUUGUUCCUAGAGAAAAAUAGAUACGAAGUGCUAAAAUUGUGAGCCGCCACUGGACCAAAACAUUCCACAAAUAUUGCUCAUAAUUGUUUAGUAUCUUAAGCUCAAGUCAUUCCUAGUUCCUAAACGAACAUUUAUACAAUGUAUGGAAUUUACUUGCCUAAAGCAUUUCGUGCAGUAUGGGACAACUGUGAAAAAAUCUAAUGCGAUGGUGCAAUCAAUGAAUCAAAAAUGUACGUUUUGAAAGUAUACAUGUAAUAUUAAUUAAUUAAUUAUCUGAGAUUUAUGAACAUAUAUGUAAAGGCGGUGUUGCUUCGUUGGUAAGAAAUGUGGGGCGUCUCUUUUUUUUUGGAAGGAAUUUUUUUUCGAAUUUCGUAUCGGAAAAAUACAUUUUUCCCAUCUUGCAAUACCAAUUACAACUUCAGACCAAUAAAAAUAGUUAGGAUUAUUAUUAACCGUCAACAUCGCCCUCGUCCGAAAUGUAAAUAUUCUUGUUAAUAAACUAGUGUUUAAAUUGGACCACUAGUUACAAAUGUCAAUUUCUUUGAACAUUAUACACUUAUAUAUAUUUCUAUGUAUGAAAUUAAUAAUUCAAAUUGUUGCAAUUGAGAUAUUAUAUUGAGAAUGUUUGUAGGUUGCUCAAUGUUAUAUAAUUUAUACGUAUUGUUUUUUCCUGGUAAAACGGUAUUUAUUACAUUUGAUAGCAGCUUGCAAUAUAAUUGUUAUGACUAAUUCUAGGGAUACUGAUAUAUCCAAAUAAAAACUAUAUUUACCGCUAAA